UCGCGGAGCUUGGCCUAUGUAGACGUCGGCAGUAGCCCGAGAGAUUGGUUGCCUGCAGCAACGCCACCACGGCAGGGCGGUGCAAACACGAGGACGUAUCUGAUGAUACCGCAGAGCUGACAGUCAGCGCUUCUGUGGCGAUAAGAAGCGGCGUCGGGGCGAAUGACGACGCAAACCGGCGCGAGGCGAUAACGAGCGCUUCCUGCGGCCGUCCGCACCCAGUGCUCCAGUCGCGGCGGCCAUGGCAGCUCGGCCGCCGGCGCUGCACCAGCCUGUGGCGUUGUUGCUGGCGAUGAUAUUACUGCUGCCGCCGCUGUCCACAACAGCGAAAGCAGCUGCUGCUCAGCCUGCCGAACUCCGGUGCAUCCCUCCGGGGGCAGCAACGGUGGCUGUCCCCGGAUGCUCCUGGCGACAACACUCGCCCCUCGUGGAGUGCUCAAAGUUCCCGCCUGACGCGCCCGCUCCCGGUCGCGCCAAACUGAGCCUAGAUGUUGGAGGCGGCAACUCUGUCGACUCGAGGUCAGCCGUCUGCGUCACACUGACACGCUUUCAGAGAAACAGCUGCGACACCUGCUUCGAGAGCCUCGAAUUCCGGAACUUCACCGUGGGCUGGGCUGUAAUUGGCCCCCGGUGCACGGAAAGGGACUGCCCGAUUGAAGUGUACAUCCUCGAGAGUGUUGCAGCCCUGAGUCCUCUAAAGUACAACAGUACUUCGACGGAGUUUUGGAAUUUCACAAGCCCAGUGUUCCGAGAACAUGAAAUUUUUUUUAUCACUUUAGCUUUCAAUGGCAUUACCAUGAGGUAUACACGCUGUUCCAUAUCUUUAACGAACAUCUACAAUUUGGGAAAGACAAGCAUCGAAAAAUUGGUGCUCUACAACAAUGACAAUAUCAGCACAGAUCUGAAACUGGGAAUGAUGCCAAAGUUAAAGCAGCUCACAAUCGCAAAUAGCUCCAUUCUAGACUUCCCAGAGGAUGCGCACGUCCUGAUGCCGGCGCUGGAAAGACUGGACCUGAGAGACAACCGUCUGACAUCGAUACCGGCGGCCAUUGCGAGCAUGCGGAAGCUGGAGGAGCUGAACAUGUGCGGGGCGAGGCUGCGCCGCCUGGCCGGGCAGCUGCCGCCGCUGCCGCGCUUGAGGGAGCUCAGCCUGCGCAACACUGGCCUGUGCUGCCUGCACCAGGAGCAGGACGCCUUCCGGGGGGUCCCCAACCUCGAGCUGCUCGACAUCUCGCAGAACCAGCUGACCUCACUGGGAGGGGCACUGCGUGGACUCAGCCAGCUGCAGUACCUCGACGUCUCUAGAAACCAACUGACCGAAUAUCCGCAGCUGUCGAUACAGGACUGCAGGGAGGGACUUCUCAGCUUUGCGUUCAAUCACCUGCGAACGCUACCAGACUGCAACAGCUUCUGCCAGAGCAGUAACGUCCUGCUCCUUGACGUCGAACACAAUCAAAUUUCUUCCUGGGAUGGCAGUGCUGACAUGCUGAGGUGCGUCUCGGCGCUGCACUUGUCGAACAACACGGUGUCGGAGCUGAGCGCGACCAUGCUGCGCACUCUGGACGCGGUGAGCGAGGUGGAGCUGGCGCACAACCCGCUGCGGUGCGCGGGCUGCCCGCUGGUGCGGCUGCAGCAGUGGCUGGUGGGCACGGCGGUGCGCGUGCUCGGCGCCCCCGGCGGCGGGUCGGCGGGCCAGGCGCUGCGCUGCGCCGCGCCGCGCAACGUGGCCGGCAUGUCGGUGGCGGCGGUGCCCGCGGACCCCGCCUCGUGCCGGCCGCCCCCGCCGCCCCCGGCGGGCGCGGGGCUCGCGCUCGGCCUCUCCCUGGCCGGCGCCGCCGCGCUCAGCACGGCCGCGCUCGCCGCCGCCUGCUACCGCUACCGCUUCGAGGUCGCCUACGGAGCCCACCUGCUCAGGAUGCGCAUGCGCGCUAGCAGCAGUCGGCGCCGAGCCAAGGACGUCUCCGGCACCCCCUUCGUGUUCGACGCUUUUAUCUUGUACAGCAGCAACGACCGCCCCUGGGUGGUGGGCACGCUGGUGCCAUUGCUGGAGAACGGACCACAGCGCUACCGCGUCUGCCUUCACGAGCGCGACUUCCAGUUGGGCACCGUCAUCGUGCAGAAUAUCUCCAGGUCCAUGGAUCACAGCCGGCACACGAUCGUUGUCCUCUCAAAGAGCUUCCUCUCCAGCAGGUGGUGCCUGUGGGAGAUGGAUUUGGCGAACCACCGUACGCUGGACCCGUCGCAGCGCGAGUUCAUCAUCCUGCUGGAGCUGGAACCGCUGGAACGUUCGGCGCUGCCGCGGCACCUGCGCUUCCUCAUGGAUACCCGCACUUACGUGGAGUGGCAUCAGGCGGGCGACGUCCAGUACGAGGAGCAGGCGUUCCGCAGACUCAAGAGGGCGCUGGGGGCCAGCUGCUUCACCUGCUCUGACGUCAGCCGCUGCUGACAGCAUUUGUGUCAGCGGUCACCUCACUGCCAGAGCCAUCUGGACGGCAGCGGUUAGCGCAUUCCACCCAGAAUCUAUCCGGAAGGGAUUAUCUGCCGAUGAACAAAGCCUUUGGGCCACGCACCUGCUCUCCCAUCAACGUAACUACUGAAAAUCCAUUACCUUUGUACCCUUUGAUGUCCAGAAAGCCUACGACCAUGUAUAGUAUUCUGGUCUCACUUUCAAGCUCCAAAUAUUUCCACUUCCAGUUUCCUAUAUCUGCCUUAUUGCGUUACCUCUGUUAUGACCAACAACUAUUCUUCCUUCUGUCCCUUCACCUCAUGCCUAAGGGCUCCAUCUUCUUCCUACUCCUACAACUCAUGCACACUACGCUUAUACAGGGUGAACCAGAACUUCAUUGUUACUGUUCGUGGAUACCUUUUCACUAUUUUGGUAGAAGGGGUCCAGGGUCUCUGACGGCUCGUUAAAGCUAUUGCAUUUUGUUCGGUUUCUUGCCCAAAUAGGUUUGUAUCUAAAAUAGUGCACAACAGUGCAAUGUCGAAGAUAUGCACUGUGUGUGUAUCUUAUUUCUACCUGAUUUUGACAACCGUGAUGCCCUUUUCAACUCGGCUUGCAUUCAGUACUGUUGGGUUCCGUCUAAGGUUUUAUUUUCCAACAGCGUUAACAAUGAAAAACAGCAGUACUGUGAAUAGGUUUGCUGAUGAAACAUUGACCGACGGGCACCUCGUGUAUAGGUUCACUGAUUGCAAUGGAAGAGCGACACAACGACGCAGUGGUGGGCUGUUCCCGCAGCGACGGCAAACCACAUCACAGUACUGUUUCAUCUCUCUGAGGAUUGAUGCAUACCUCUGUGUUGUGUGUUGCAGUUGUGUUUAUUGCUUCGCUGUGAAGGUAUUUUCACGGAAACAGGGGUGACUGCACUAACAAACCGAAUAAAUCACAAUCACUUCAUUACACUGUAAAGAGUCAUAUCCAUUCUACCGAUCGCCUAUUGCCAUAAUUCCUGUCUCAGUAACAUAUUAAAUCUUCUCAGAGUAACCGUUAACACUAAAGUGACCUGAACCACCAAUCACUGAUCACGUAAAGAGGACCAACAAAAGAGUAAAACCAGUUACUGGAUGAAUAUUGGAAUUGAACUCUUCCACCAUACUCUACACGCAUACAACUCUAAUCCAUCCCAUCGUUUCUUUUGUCAGUGCAGCAUAAUUUUCUGCAGAUUCGAAAUUCUACAGAUACCUCCAUAUCACUGACUACCAAGUGCUCCACCUUCCCUUCCAGAUUAGUUUACCUUCUCCAACGUCUGUCCUUAACCAACUUAUCACAUUUAUUUCUUCCCCACAUUGAACACUUCUGAAUACUCCACACCUCCGAUAAACUUAAUAAAUGUACAAUUCCCACAUCUUCCCCAACUCAACUUUGCAACCUUUCACCAACACAAACCAGGCAUCCUCUCUUUGUAAUGUGUCAAGCACCUUCUCCUCGCAGCCCACGAAAUGUAUACCUUUGUCCGUCCAUCCUACCAACUCUUGGCCGUUUCUCCUCUUCCACAUGAUGACUUCUGUGACCUGUUUUCCGUCUGACUUCAAAACCUUCCACCUAAGAUCUACACGUAAAUCUCCCAAACUGGCUGCUGAGACACACUAGAAAUAUUCCUAUUGAUACCACUAAUCGCUAUUGUCUUCAUCUUCCGUAACCGACAAAACUAUGUCAAACUUUAUUGUAAACCACCAUGAAUCAUGACAUUAAAAUUAAAUCAUAAAACUUG